UGCUACACAGCACUUGGGGUGCCACUUUCCUUCCGCCAUAUUAGACUGUGUCAUCCACCAGAGAGACCUCUGGUUUCUUCCGUUGGAACCCGCGACUCCUCCACGGACUGCAGGAGCCACAGGAGCCCAGGACUCCGUCGCUGGAAAUGGAGUCAGUGACCUUUGAGGAUGUGGCUGUGAACUUUACUCUGGAGGAGUGGGCUAUGCUGAAUCUAUCCCAGAAGAGCCUCUACAAAGAUGUGAUGCAGGAAACCCUGAGGAACCUGGUUUCUAUAGAGAACAAAUUGGAGCAUGAUGACAUAGAAAAUAAAUACUCAAAUCCCUGGAGCCAACUAAGCUGUCAAGUGGUAGAGAAACUCUGUGAAUAUAAGGAAGGUCAUCAGUGUGAAGAAAUCUUCAACUUCGCUACAGAGGGCAUUGUGAAGCAAAACUCUUAUUCAGGAGUACAUGUAUGUGAGAAUAGUGGGUGUGCAAAAGUAGUCAUUGGCCAUGUGUCUCUAAGUGUGCUCCUUAAACCUAACUUUGGGCACAGAUCAUAUGAAGAUCAGGAAUAUGGAAAGGAACUGUAUGAAAAUAAGGAAUUUGGGAACAUCUUCAGUUCUCCCUCAUCCUUUCAGAUGUAUAAAAGCACUCACCCUGGAGAGAAAUGGUAUGAAAAUAAGCAGUGUGAUGAAGACUUCAGACUUGGUCAAAGUCAUGAAAAGAGUUCCACUGGAGAAAAACACCAUGAAUGUAAUCUAUGUGGGAAACUUUUCAGUUCUUCCAGGUACUUGCGAAGGCAUGAAAGACGUCACCGUGCAGAGAAAUCUUACGUAUGUAAGCAAUGCGGGAAAGCUUUCAGUUUUCCUGCAUACCUACAAACACAUCUAAGAAUUCACACUGGGGAGAAACCCUAUGUGUGUAACCAGUGUGGGAAAACUUUUGCUUGUUCCAGUUCCCUUAAAACACAUAAAAGAACUCAUAUGGUUAAAGAGCCUUACGUGUGUAAUCACUGUGGGAAAACUUUUCGUCAUUCCAGUUCUCUUCAAAGUCAUACAAGAAUUCACACUGGAGAGAAACCUUAUGUAUGUAAUCAGUGUGGGAAAGCCUUCAUUACUUCUAGUUACUUUCGUAUACAUGCCCGAAUUCACACUGGAGAAAAACCUUAUGUAUGUAAACAAUGUGGGAGUGCUUUCAUGCGCUGGAUUCAAUUGCGAAAACAUGAAGUAUUUCACAGUGGCAUAUAUCCCUAUGUUUGUAACCAGUGUGGGAAAGGUUUCACUUGUUCCAGUUCUGUGAAAACACAUGAAAGAAUUCACACUGGGGAGAAGCCCUAUAUAUGUAAUCAGUGUGGGCAAACUUUUACUCGUUUGAAUUCCCUUUUAAGGCAUAAAAUAAUUCACACUGGUGAGAAGCCGUAUGAGUGUAAUUAUUGUGGGAAAAGUUUUCCCCGUUCUGCUUCCCUUCAAAGGCAUAUUAGAAUUCACACUGGAGAGAAACCCUACAUAUGUAAGAAGUGUGGGAAAGCCUUCAUUGCUUCUUCUGACCUUCUAGUACAUGAACGAACUCACACUGGAGGAAAACCUUAUGUAUGUAAGCAGUGUGGGAAUACUUUCAUGAGUUGGACUCAGUUUCAAAGACAUAAAGUAAUUCACAGUGGCAUGAAUCCCUAUGUUUGCAAGCAAUGUGGAAAAGGCUUCAUUCGUUCCAGUUGCCUACGAAUACAUGAAAGAAUUCAUACUGGCGAAAAGCCCUAUGUGUGUAAGCAGUGCGGGAAAACUUUUACUCGUUCCUAUUCCCUUCAAAGACAUAAAAGAGUUCACACUGGUGAGAAGCCCCAUGUCUGCAAGCAGUGCGGGAAAGCUUUCACUUAUGACAGCCAUGCUCGAUUACAUGAAAGAAUGCACGCUGGAGAAAUGUGGGAAGACUUUUCGAGGUUCUUGUUCUUUUCGACAACGUGAAAGGACUCACUCACUGGAGAGAAACCAUGUGUGCUUGCAAUAUGAAAAGCCUUUCAUUUCUGACCAUUACCUUUGAAAACAUAAAAUAACGAAUCCUGGAGAGAACCCCUAUCUACAUAAGCAAUGUGGGAAAGCCUCCCAAUUAAGAAAACAUAAAGUAACUAAUAUUGACAUUGAACUUAUGUAAGCAAUGUGGGAAGAUUUUUGCCCUUUCUGGUACCUUUCAAACUUGUGAAAGGACUCACACUAGCGAUAAGCCCUAUGUGUGCUUAUAAUGUGAUAAAGUGUUCAGUUGUGACUGUGCUUUUCAAAAACAAAAUGAUUCAUACUCGAGAGAGAAACCAUGUGUAUGAAAGCAAUAUGGAAAAUCAUUCAGUCAUUCAAGUUCUCUUCAUUACCAUGCAUUGAUGCAUAGUGGAGAAAAACCCCAUAAGUGCAAAAAAAUUUGGGAGAGGCUUUAGAUCUCCUAGUCACCUCAACAUGUAUGAGCAUACACUGGAAAGAAGCCUAAUGUAUAUAAGCAAUGAAGAAAAGCCUUUGACUCAUUUACAGAGACAUGAAGUAAUUCACAGUGGCAUGAAUUCCAAUGUUUGUAAAUAAUGUGAGGAAAUCUUUUGUUGAUCUCGUAGCUUUCACAGAAAGAAGCAAAGCUGCACUGGAGAAAAACUAUUUUUGUGCUAGCAAUGUGGGAAAACCUCUUGUAUGUUUGGUUUCUUGAAAAAACAUGAAACAAAUCACAAUGUGGAAAUUGUUUUUAUGCUAAAAGUUGCCUGAAGUACAUGAAAGAAGCCACAGUAGACAAAAGCCCUGUGACUGUAAGCAAUAUGGUAAAGCCUUCUGUAGUUCGAGAUCCUGGAGAAGACGAGAAAGUUCACACUGCAGAAAAACCUGUGUGUAUGUGUAUGCAAUGUAGAAAAAGCCUUUAGUUCUUCCCUGUUCUCUCCAAAUAUAUGGAAGUAGUCACUAUGUUGAGAAACCCUUCAUAUCUAGGCAGUUUUGGAAAGCAUUCAUUUAUCACACAUCCUUUCACAUGCAUGAAACUGUAGUAACUUUUAAUGAAGAAUUUUCAAAGGCUUCAUUAUCACCCUGAUAGCACUCACAAGAACAUGGGAAGAAACUCCAAAAUGAAAAGUAUAUGUGAACAUCUCUUGGUUCAAGUCACAGAUAAAGAACAUGGAUUAGAGUGCUAAUUUGUUUGAAAGAGACAAACUUUCAUUUGACAUACAUACGCAAACCCACACCAGUUGAAAACCUUUGCUGUUGAAAAGCACAAAAAAGUCAACAGCAAUAGAGAAUAUAGGGAAAAGUCCUUUGAAAAUUCUUCAUUUUAAUUUGAUAAAUGUCAAUAAUAUGAAGGACUGGACACUUUUUUUUUUUUUUUUUU